GGGCUGUUCCAGGGAGGUGGCGGCCUGUGGCGGCCGUUGCCGACUCGCCGGCGUCCGGAGCGUCAGGACACUACCCAUCCAUAAGCCACGAGGCUAGAAAAGGAACUGUGUGGACUAUUGGAAAUUGUAAUGUCUCAGGUGACAUUUAGUGAUGUGGCUAUAGACUUCUCUCAUGAAGAGUGGGCAUGGUUAGAUUCUGCGCAGAAGGAUUUAUACAAGGAUGUGAUGGUGCAGAAUUAUGAGAAUCUGGUUUCUCUAGCAGGUCUUUCCAUAGCUAAGCCAUAUGUGAUCACUUUAUUGGAGGAUGGAAAAGAACCCUGGAUGGUGGAGAAAAAACUGUCAAAAGAUCGGGAAUCAAGAUGGAAAAAUAAGGAAUUAUCAACAAAGGAUAUUUAUGAUGAAGAUUCAUCCCAAACAGAAAUAAUAGAAAAAAACAUAAAGCAGCAUUGUGAAUUUUCAGGUUUUAACAAGAAUGGGAAAUAUAAAGAGAAGUUGGAAGGGAAGCAUGGACAUCAGGUAGAACAUUGCAGACCAGUGACCCUCCCCUUCAGUGAAAGCCCCUCUGGGGAAAGUGUUGACAAAUACAGUACGUCAUUUAGAAGCAUCUUCCACGUAAAGCCUACUGUUUCUGGACCACAGAGAAUUUCUGCUGAAGGGAUAGCACAUAAGCAUGAUGUGUUGAAGAAGAAUUUACCAAAAAGGUCAGUUAUAAAAAAUGAAAAGAUAAGUGGCAGAAAGAAAGUUUUGAGUUCUAAUGAAAGUGUGGCAGCUUUUAACCAGAGCAAAUCUCAUACCCUUCACCAGACUUAUAGUAGAGAGAAGAUCUAUACAUGCAGUGAAUGUGGGAAAGCUUUUGGCAAACAAUCAAUCCUUAAUCGUCACUGGAGAAUUCAUACAGGAGAGAAACCUUAUCAUUGUCGUGAAUGUGGGAAGACUUUUAGCCAUGGUUCAUCCCUUACUCGACAUCAAAUAAGCCAUAGUGGAGAGAAGCCUUACAAGUGUAUUGAAUGUGGGAAGUCCUUUAGUCAUGUCUCUUCUCUUACUAACCAUCAAAGCACUCACACUGGAGAGAAACCAUAUGAAUGUAUGAACUGUGGAAAGUCUUUUAGUCGUGUUUCACAUCUCAUUGAACAUCUAAGGAUUCAUACUCAAGAAAAACUUUAUGAGUGCCAAAUAUGUGAGAAGGCCUUCAUUCAUAGGUCAUCUCUUAUCCACCAUCAGAAAAUUCAUACUGGAGAGAAGCCUUAUGAAUGUAGUGGAUGUGGGAAAGCUUUUUGCUGUAGCUCACACCUUACCCGACAUCAAAGAAUUCACACUAUCGAGAAACAAUAUGAAUGUAACAAAUGUCUGAAAGUCUUUAGUAGCCUCUCAUUUCUUAUUCAACAUCAGAGUAUUCAUACUGAAGAAAAACCCUUUGAAUGUCAGAAAUGUAGGAAAUCUUUCAACCAGCUUGAAUCACUGAAUAUGCAUUUGAGAAAUCACAUUAGAUUGAAACCUUAUGAAUGCAGUAUAUGUGGGAAAGCCUUCAGUCACAGGUCAUCCCUGCUUCAACAUCACAGAAUUCACACUGGAGAAAAACCUUAUGAAUGUAUUAAAUGUGGGAAGACUUUCAGCUGUAGUUCAAACCUUACUGUACAUCAGAGAAUUCAUACUGGAGAAAAGCCAUAUAAAUGUGAUGAAUGUGGAAAAGCUUUUAGCAAAGGUUCAAAUCUUACUGCCCACCAGAGAACACAUAAUGGAGAGAAAUCCAGUAAUUCAGUAAAUAUGGAAAAGUCCUUAGACCAUAUGAAUCAGUAUGUAUAUGAGAAAUGUUACAAGAGAGAAACUAUAUGAAGCAGUAUUUGUCAAUAAAUUUCAGCCACAAACUAAUUCAAUAUCAGAAAAAAUUUUGAGAGUAGUCUUAAAUAAGUGUAAUGUUUAUGGGAAGAGCUUUAGUAAUGCAACCUUUAUUGUCUGAUACGGUCAUGCUGUAGAAAACUGUAAGAAGAUAUCAGAUGUGGGAAAGCCUUUGUCAGCAUUAAUCCCUUAACUGACAUAAGUCAAAAAUAAGGAGAAAAAAAAAAAAAAAAAAAAACCCUAUA